UCUCUGGGGUUCUGCGCGGACUGAGAGCUCCCGCCACAAUGGAUCCUCAGCUCCUCCUGGUGGGGGCGCUAGCUGGCUGCCUGCUUUCUGCUCGGAGCUGUGUCAUAUGUGAUCGAAGGGUCCUGGCCGCCCUGGACUCCCUGGAUAAGGAAUACCUGCCUACCCACCUUGCCCCCGAGCGUCACAGAGAAGUGAUGGAAACGAUAAGACAAACCGUGAGGAAUUUCCGGGAUCUGCCAUAUUUAGAGGAUACCUUUAUGGGGGUUAUCGAUGAGGCCACAAUGGAAACGUCAGUGUUGAGUUUUUUGAGGAGUGUGAGACUUAUCAGAAACAGCGGUGUAACAGAUGACACUUUCGUGAAGGAGUUCUCCUGGAUGUUGACUCUGGAAAAGGCAGCCUUUCAGGGCUACAUUGCUCGGUUCCAAAGAAAGGAUUUUUGUCCCAACAAAUGUGGUACAAUGUUGCAGCUUCUGAUCUGGUGCAGUAACUGUAAAAAGCAGCUUCACGCUUGUAGAAAAUCCAGAGAUUGCGGGGUGCGCCAAAUCAACGUCCAUGAGAAGGAAGACAUGAUUCUGGACUGUGAGCUCAACUGGCAUAAAUUAUCUGAAGGCCUGACCAAUUACAGCUUUUACAGGGUUUGGGGAAGCAAUUCUGAGACCUUGCUGUACAAGGGGAGACGGCCCACAAUGACCAAACGACUGGUGAAGCCAGAGGAUGCAGGUAACUACCGCUGCGAGUUGGGCACUGUGCGAUCCGGCCCAGCCACCGUCAUCCAUUUUCAAGUCACAGUGUUGCCUGAAAGAGUCAUUGAAGAGAUACCGAAACCCAACACUGGAACCCAGAACCAGCGGUUGGGAUCCCUCAGUCGGUCAGAGUGUCCGAAGCCUGAAAACGAGCCGAGAAGCUUUUUGUUAAAGAUGCUGACCUGGGGCUUUGUGUUUCUGAUAAUGGGCUUCACCACUGCCGUCCUUUGCUUUCGGUAUGGGACGGUGAUGGAUUCCAUAAAGUCCUGGCUCCGCGCGGACAAGUCCGCUGCCCCACAUGACGGGGUUCCAGAGAGUCGGCUGUCCCAGAGCCCGCUGUCACAAAGGCAGGUUCCGAGGGAACCGAAGGAAAAGGCCACAGUACCAAGGGGCAAAUAAAGAUUUAUCUGGUUGUCU